AUGUAUAUGAGUAAACGAAAGGGUUUGUUUGAUGAAUAUACGAAAGAAAUGAUUGGUUGUCGAAACAACACCAUAGAGUCAUCUAUCAACAGUGAGAUGCCUCCGAGACCUGAGAAUAGACGGGGUAGGACUGGGAAUCCGAGAAUGGAGGCAGGACAGAAUCAGCUUGCUAGGGAUAUUGUAGCGGCACUUGCGGCGGCUAAUCUUUUGCAACCACCCCCUAGGGAUAACGUGAACAGUCGGGCCAUAGUAGCCAUGCGAGAGUUUAGUCGUAGAAAUCCACCUCAGUUCGAUGGAGAAAGUAGCGACCCCCUUGUGGCUGAUCAUUGGCUUGCACAAAUUCGUAAGAUCUUCAACGCACUAAAGAUUACGGAGGACGACCUACGGGUGAGCAUAGUAGCUUGUCAACUUACCGGUGAGGCGAAUGAGUGGUGGGAAUCUGUUUUAGGAGUAAGGAGAGACGUUAGGAGGGCGGCUGGAGUUGCAAAUCAGGAAAUUGAGCCGGUUGAGGAAAGUUUGACUUGGGCUGAAUUUGAGACACUUUUUGAAAACCAAUAUUUUCCAGAGUCGUAUCGUGAACAGCUUAGAAACCAAUUCGAAAGGUUAGAUCAAGGUGACAUGACCGUUUCAGAAUACGCCACUAGGUUCCAAACCUUGUCCCGUUUUGCGCCAGAGUUAGUUGCAACCGAUGGUAGGAAAUGUAGGCGUUUUGAGAAAGGGUUAUGUCUGUCUAUCAAGAAGUUUGUGGUAGGUCAACGAAUUGAAAGGUUUUCUGACAUUAUCGAGUGUGCUAGAAGUAUUGAGUAUACGGAGGAAAUACCAGAGGAGCCGAAAGUGCAGGAGUCAAGAAAACAAACCGUUGGUAAGAGUGUAUCUAUAGAAACGUCUGGAAGCCAAGGGAGGAAGAGACAAAGAGAACAGUUUCUGUCCACCUCAGGACAGCAUAAUUUAGAACCACCUACUCUUUCUAAAACGUCAGGAGUAUCGUCUCGGUCAACGAUUGUGUGUUAUUGGUGCCGCCAGUCGGGCCAUCGUGCAGUAGACUGUCCUCAGGAGAAGGAAUAUCAUGGUCAGAGACCACCUCGGGUUUGCUACCGGUGUCGUCAUCCGGGGCACUUAGCGGUAGAUUGUCCACAAUCGACAAGUAGAGGGAGCGUACAAAGACCCACGGGGUCGGGUCAUGCGUCUCAUACCGCGUUGCAAGUGUUGGAUAGCAUUGCGGAGUUGUCUUUAUGA